AUGACCUACCAGUCACUACCUCCUGAGAACAAUCCGCCGCCGGGCUUUCAAAGGCGUCCACGCAUACGGAGAGGCGUUGCAAGAGAGCCGCGAGCCCACAUCUCGCCGAUACCAGAAGACUCGGCGUCUACGGCGUUUCCCUUAACUAUUCAAGGUCCCGGGCAGAGAAUCGUUCGUCCCCUCCCUCCGAUUCCAGCUGGGGCUGGCCAGCCGGCGCAAGCUCGGGGCCCGCUUUGUGCCCGAAUUGCUUCAAACUCGACAUGCGCAAAAAUGGCAGACGACAAAGAGAAGUCUGUUCCACCAGGACAAGACUUGAACGCGUCCGAUGAGCUCGCUCCACAGACGCCAGGAGCAGCGGGGAAGAUCGGCUCUUACAAGACGGCUAUCGACGUCUUGUCCAAGACCGAUGAGACGGUCCUGAGGCUAAAGAAAUUUUUGUCCACCCCGUCUGGCGUUGAUUCGGCGCUGUCGACAAUCGGCUAUAGCUCGCACAUCCUCCACCACGUUCUGAACUCGUCUCCUUUGACUGCUGUGCAAACUCGGAUAAAGUUCUUUCUCCUCCAAAGACUGGGCGGGAAACUUACUGCGCCCAAACCACCUGUCCCUUCAUAUGCGCGUCCGGCGCCGCUGUUGGCCCUCUCGAGCCUGAUCUCGGAAACCCGCUACACGCUCCGUCUCUUUGAGCUUGUCACAAUCUGGGCAUGGGGCUCUUCGGUUUAUAAAUCACCGCCAAAGGAUCGUACGCUAAAGGCAAUUGCCUACGUGGAGGUUUUGUCUAUUUUGGUAUACCAAGCGCUGGAAAAUGGUUCAUACCUGGCUUCCAAGGGAAUAGCAUGGCAGACACUGGUGAAACGAACAGGAGGAACCGCAAAAUGGAGUCUCUGGAGCGUCCGCGCUUGGUUCAUCUACAUCCUGCUUCAGUUUGUGCGACUAUACCAGGAUUCGGUUCUAUUCAGCCGGCAAGAAGAAGAGAGAAAGAAACAACGCAACGAGCAGGUCUCGGCUGGCGAAAAAGCUGUUUCCGAGUCGGAGCAAGAAGAAAACGAAACCCGGCGAUUGGCAAUUCGCGCUUGGAGGAAGAAGCUGAUUAACAACCUGGCCUGGGGUACGCUCUGCACGCACUGGAGCGUUGAGGGGGGAGUCGGGGUGCCAGUGUAUCUCAAUGGGUUCAUCAGUCUGCUGGCAGGAAUCUGGGGAACUUAUGACUCGUGGCAGGCUACUGCGUUGGCAUAG